AUGGAUGAAACUCCAAUGUUAUUUAGUUUACCAAGUCAAACAACUGCUAAAGAAUAUAGUAAACGAACUAUCUCUGUUCUUACCAUGGGUCAUGAAUGCACUAAUUUUACUAUAACCCUUGCCUGCCUUGCAGAUAAUACUAAACUUUCUCUACUUAUUAUUUUUAAGUUGGUUAAUGUUCCAUUAGAGCAGUUUCCUGAUAGUGUAUAUGUUCAUGCAAAUCCAAGUGGCUGGAUAGAUGAAAAAGAAAUGCUUUGGUGGAUGAAAAAUGUGUGGCGUCGACAAGCUAAUCUAGGGUCAAAUCCACGUUCACUUCUUGUUUUUGAUGCAUUUACUGCUCAUAGAACAGAUCCUUGUUGUAGCGCUUCUACAAAAAUUAAUGGUUCUAAAGAUAAUUUGAUUUUUGAUUUUGAGAAAGUUUCAGGUAUAAAAAGUGUAAGAAUUGGCAUUAAAAAGAAAGAAGGAAAAAAUAGUGAACCAGUUCAGAAAGAUGUUAAAAGUAAUCCAGGGAGUGAAUAUUAUGAAGAAGAAGAGAGAAUGUUUAAAACUAGU